AUGCACCUCACCUCGAUGAACGGCACAUUUCGGACGGUCGCCCUCAGUGGCCGGUUCGCCCUUGCCUCCCCUUCCCCUCUCCCCAGCGCGACCCCGUUAUUUCAAUGCUGCCAGAAGAUGUCGCUCAGGACACAGGCACGGCCAGCCAGCACAUCAACCACACGCAUCCUCUUAAAGCCAUCCAACCGUCCUCAGCCGAACGUGAUCUCUCCCUCUCCAAUUCUCCGCAAUACGGCUUUCCGCCUUAACUCGACCGCCGCAAACGCACCCCGCAUCGAAGCCGCCAAACUCGAUUGGAAUUCCUUCUUUAAACUCCGCGCAUCUCGGCGCAGAUACACCCUCGCCUCGUCGAUAAUCGCCUCGAUGGCCAGUACCAUUAUCGGCGUUCAGGUUCUUUCCGAGCAGGAUCUUGAGUCCCUCGGGGCGCAGGUGAUGGGCUUGGAUCCCUUCGUUGUCCUGGGAUUGGCGACCGCUGCCUGCGGUGCGGUGGGUUGGCUCGCGGGUCCCUUUUUGGGCAAUGCCGUCUGGGGGCUGGUCUAUCGCAGAUAUAAGCCUGCUGUCUUAAGGAAAGAGAAGGAGUUCUAUGACAGAAUCAAGCGGUUCCGUGUCGAUCCCUCGUCUAACUCGAUUGCCAAUCCCGUGCCGGAUUACUACGGUGAGAAGAUUGGUAGUGUCCAAGGUUACCGGCAAUGGUUGAAGGAUCAGAGGGCCUACAACCGCAAGAGACGCAGUUUCAUCCUCUAA